UGUACAUCAAUGUUUAAAAAUGUCUAUUUGAACAGCGUCAGUGAGACAGGCCCCAGAGUUACCUACUACAUCAGAACGAGGCGAACAGUGUUGUAUCAUUUUUCGGAAUCCUGGUGCCAAUAAAUUAAGGCGUGGGGUGUCGGGUGGUAUUAAAGCUUCUGUUGGCCUGGACAUUUAAACACAAUACACCGUACCCAUGGCCAUGUCCCCACCACUGUGGGUACUCGUUGUGGGAUUAUCCAUUGCGCAAGUACUACACGUGGAUGCCGCCCCGCUCUCCCCUCUCACGUGCUACACGUGCGAUGACCCUGACGACCCCGACGACUGCACAUUUGAUGAAGUCACGUGCGAGCAGGAUGAGGUGUGCUACUCCAUAUUAAGGAAGGAGAGAGGUCACCUUCAUCCUCAGCUGGGAUGUAUGAAGAAAGAGACCUGUUAUGAGUUGGAAGGCAACAACACCGACAGGUGCGACUCUGGGGCCUUCCUCGACGGUGACCGCUGUGCGUUCUGCUGCCAGAAGCCCCACUGCAAUGUUGACGCCAUCAUUAUGGAAGAGGUACCGACGACCAAGCCUCCCGUCACCGACGGGGCAAAGAUAGCCGGAGACGGACAGACGGAAGGGCAUCAGUGUUAUGUGUGCAAUGGCGAGACGGACAACGCUCUGUGCAGUCAGCCAGACCACCUCCACACCUGCCCCGACAAUGCCACCGCUUGCCUCACCACUGUACACUAUGGGUCAAAACACUCCGUUAUCACCAAGAUGUGCUCCAAGUUACAGUCAUGCAUGAACCUACAAGAAAACAAUGACGACGACUGUUGGGAUGAAGAUGAGGCGUAUGGAAAGUGUUCUUAUUGCUGCGAAGGACCCGGAUGCAACAAGGCAAAGAUACCCGGGAGAGGUGAGGAGGUCCCUGACAACCACGUUGCCCCUCCUCCCGGUGCCCACCAGGAAUCAAAAGAUAACCCACUAAAACCCGCAGGGCCUACCAGUAAGGGGCUACCCAGGAAUCGAGGAUAGUAAGACUUCCCAAGGAAGCAAGGAAACCAAGAAUCCCUCAGGAAGCAAGGAAAGCAAGAAUCACUCAGGAAGCAAGGAAAGCAAGAAUCACUCCGGAAGCAAGGAAACCAAGAAUCCCUCAGGAAGCA